CUGAUGGAGAAGCUAGCAGUCUGCGGGCAGGAAACGUGCCCUGCUGUCUGCGCCGCCCAGGAGCCCAGCGGGGUUUUGUAACACCGUCCCCCACCCCCGCCCCUUUCCACUCGGCUGCCCUCCGGGAGGCCCCGGCAUAGCGCUGUCCUGGCCUGGCGUAGCGUUGAUUGUGUGUCUGAGGGAGUUCAGAUAAGCCACAACUGACAUGUGUUUGACAGAGAAGCUAGAGAGAUGCGCCCUCACGGUUUCCUUCUGUAAACGCGCGGCAGUCUGCGAUGGAAGGCCUGCAGGCAAACUUCCCCCUGCGCCCUGGUUCAGACCAGAAAGCAAAUAGGAUGCGUGAGGAUGGGGGCCCUCCAGUAAAGAAAGCAAUGACAGAAAUGCAUGGAAAUACUGAGUUCCCAACUGGGGUGAGUAAGAUGCCCACCAUCAAGAAGGAAAACUUGGAUGAAUAUGAUGAAACUCCCAUGGAGGUGGAUAGAGAAAAUGUCAAGUCAGACAGCGCUGCUGUAUCUGAGCCCCUGAGUUUAAACCCUGGUUUGAAACACACCUUGGCACAGUUCCAUUUAAGUAGCCAGAGUUCGCUGGGUGGACCAGCCGCUUUUUCCGCUCGCUAUUCUGAGGAAAGCAUGUCGCCCACCGUCUUCUUGCCUCUUCCAUCACCGCAGAUCCUUCCUGGCCCCUUGCUUGUCCCUUCAGAUAGUUCCACGGAGCUCACUCAGACUACGCUGGAGGGGGAAUCUAUUUCCUGUUUUAAAGUUGGUGGAGAAAAAAGACUCUGCCUACCUCAAGUCUUGAAUUCUGUGCUCCGAGACUUUUCCCUCCAACAAAUUAAUGCAGUUUGUGAUGAAUUGUACAUAUACUGUUCAAGAUGCACUUCUGAUCAGCUUCAUAUCCUAAAGGUAUUGGGGAUCCUUCCAUUUAAUGCCCCAUCCUGCGGGUUGAUCACGCUGACUGAUGCUCAAAGAUUAUGCAAUGCUUUACUACGUCCUCGCACUUUUCCUCAAAAUGGCAGUCUGCAUCCUGCUAAAAACACAUUGGCUCAACUUAAAGAAACUGGCAGUGCCUUUGAAGUAGAGCAUGAAUGCUUGGGCAAGUGCCAGGGUUUGUUUGCACCUCAGUUCUAUCUUCAGCCAGAUGCUGCGUGUAUCCAGUGUUUGGAGUGUUAUGGUAUGUUUUCUCCACAGACGUUUGUGAUGCAUUCACAUCGAUCUCCUGAUAAAAGGACCUGCCACUGGGGUUUUGAAUCAGCCAAAUGGCAUUACUAUCUUCACAUUAACCAAAAAUAUUUAGGAACAUCAGAAGAGAGGGAGCUGAAGCAUCUCUUGGAGGAAAUGAAGGAGAAAUUUAGCGUGAAAAAUCAGAAAAGAACUCAGUCCAAAGCGGAUCCCCAGGGAAGCCUAGAAUUACAGCAGUGGUAUCCAGUUAUAAAGCAGGAAGCAGACCCUGCUACUCAGUCACCUUCAUUCAUCCAUCCAAGUUACUACCUUUACAUGUGCGAUAAAGUGGUUGCACCAAAUGUGUCCCUUACGUCACAGUGCAAAGAAGCUACAAAAACAGCAGGUAGAAGUUCAGAACUAAUGAAAUCCUUACCUGGACAGUCGGAGAAACAGCUCAGUAGUAGUAAACGCAAAAAAGGUGCCUCCUACCCAGAGCUGUCGCUUGAAGAGCAGGAAAAAAUAGACUUAAAAACUAACACAGAACAACAUAAACAUUUUGAUCCAUUACUGUCAAAUAAUUCAACAAGAAGUGGAAAAUCUGAAUAUGUCUCUUCGAAAGCAAGUGCUGCAUCUAACCGUGUUGAAAUAGGUAGUAACACACCAACCUUCUCCCCAGCUCUCAAGGACAUCAGUUGUGAAGAUGACAAGGGAAGAAUCAUGGAGGAAGUAAUGAGAACCUAUAUUAAGCAGCAAGAAAAACUGAAUAUUAUAUUGCAAAAGAAGCAGCAGCUUCAAAUGGAAGUGGAAAUGUUAAGUAAUUCUAAAGCUAUGAAGGAAUUAACUGAAGAACAGCAGAAUUUACAGAAAGAACUUGAAUCUUUGCAGACUGAACAUGCUCAAAGAAUGGAAGAAUUUUAUGUUGAGCAGAGGGACUUGGAGAAGAAAUUGGAACAGGUGAUGAAGCAAAAAUGUACCUGUGACUCGAAUCUAGAAAAAGACAAGGAGGCUGAAUAUGCAGCACAGUUGGCAGAACUGAGACAGAGAUUGGAUCAUGCAGAAGCAGAUAGACAAGAGCUCCAAGAUGAACUGAGACAGGAACGAGAAGCAAGAGAAAAGUUAGAGAUGAUGAUAAAAGAAUUAAAGCUACAGAUUUUGAAAUCUUCAAAAAAUGGAAAAGGAAAAUAGAUAUUGGGAAAAGUGAACACAAGUGUGUUCUUCAAACAGGGUUGUUUUUUUGUAGUUGAAUUGUGAGCAGUUUUUCUGUAUAAUAAAACAAGGUAUUCUCUAUGGAUUUCUCAAACAGAAAACCAAGAUGAAGAAAUAAGUAGAUGGAUAUACAUUUUUUUCCUAGCUCAUGAAAAUCUGCAUUUAUUUGUAUUGGUGAUUUUUCUGAGACAACUGUUAAAGACAUGAAACUUUUGUUUUAGAACAGUCAAUUUCCCUCUCUUUCUGAUGCAGUAUUGAGGGCUGUGUACCUUUUUUAAAGCAGCAUUUUAUGUUUAAAAUAUACUGUGGUGGUUUUUAUUUUGCUACUUGUUGCACAUCCUGAUAUAGAAGUACAUUUUUUAAAUGUUGCUCUUUUUAAAUCUAAAAUUCAAAACCAGAAUUUGAGCUUCAGUAAAAAGUCUUUCCUCUCUGUUUGGUGACAAGGAAGGCAUUUUCACGUUAAUGUUGCAGGGUGGGAAGUUGAUGAAAGGGAACUGUUUGUUAUAAAUGUACUAACUUGAAUUUUUUCAUCCAUAUACAUUUUCAGCUAUACAUUUUUCAGUACAAUUUUUCAUCUUUUUAAUAUUAAGUAUUUAACAUUUUUUGUCAAGAUUACAAAAAAAUUUGUAUACUUUUGAUAUUCUGGAAAGAAGAUAUCAUUAUUAUGUACUUCUUGUGAAAAGGAAUAACAAAAAUGCAUGAAAAACUUAAAAAAUAAUCUACCCCUACUUUAUUUUUCUUCCAAAUGGCAAAUAUGG